AUGUCAAAGAUCACAAGUAUUGGUAAAGAAGAUGUUCAUAGAAUCACUUCUGGUCAAGUUAUCAUAGAUCUUUCCACUGCUGUUAAAGAAUUAUUAGAAAAUAGUAUUGAUGCAAAUUCUAAAAAAAUUGAAAUUAUCUUCAAGAAUUAUGGUUUAGAUUCAAUUGAAAUCAUUGAUGACGGUGAUGGUAUUGAUGAAUUAGAUUUCCUUAAUAUUGCAUUAAAACAUACAACUUCUAAAUUAUCAAAUUUUGAAGAUUUAGAUAAUGUUGAUACUUUGGGGUUUAGAGGUGAAGCUAUAAAUUCAUUAUGUUCUAUAUCAAAUUUAAAAAUCAUAACUACAAAAACACCACCAAAAGCUCAUGCUAUUGAAUAUUUACCCAGUGGUGAAAUUCAUAAAAAAACUAUAUGUUCAAGAUCAAAAGGUACUUCAAUUAUAAUAACAAAUUUAUUUAAUAAUUUACCAGUUAGAAGAAAAGAUUUCCAAAAAAAUUUUAAAAAAGAAUUUUCAAAAUGUUUACAAAAUUUAUACUCUUAUGCUUUAAUUUCAUUGAAUUUAAAAAUUAUAGUGGCAAAUAUUACAAUUAAUGGUAAAAAAAAUAUUGUUUUACAAACUCAAGGUAAUUCAAUUUUAAAAAAUAAUAUUAUAAAUGUAUUUGGUUCAAAUGGGAUGUAUGGUCUAAUACCAUUAGAUUUUAACUUAGAUUUAAAUUCAAAUAAAUCAAAAUUGAAAAUUUUAAAUCAUUCCAUAGAUUAUAACAUUAAAAUUAAUGGAUUUAUAUCAAAAUGUUCAUUUGGAUUUGGUAGAUCAUCAAUUGAUCGUCAAUAUUUUUUUAUAAAUAAUAGACCAGUUUCAUUAACACAUUUUGGUAAAGCUAUAAAUGAAGUUUAUAAAUCAUUUAAUCAUUUACAAUAUCCAGUAUUUAUUUUAAAUUUUGAAAUAAAUCCUCAAUUUUUAGAUUUAAACGUUACACCUGAUAAAAAAAUUAUAUUAAUUCAUAAUGAAGAUAUAAUUUUAGAAAAAUUAAAACAAGAAUUAAUUAAUUUUUAUAAUUUACAAGAUUUAAGUCUUGUUAGAAAUUCAACAAAUCAACAAAGUUUAGAUUUAAGAAGUUCCUCAAUGAUUGAUGAUGAAGAAGAUGAAGACGUUAAACCUAUACAAUCAUCUUUAAUGACUAGUAGUUUUAGUUAUAAUGGGGAAGAAGUGGGUAAUGAUAAUGAUGUGAAUGAAUCUAAAAGAAAGAUGGUUAAUGAGAUUUCACCUUUAUCCAAAAGAAGGAAGAUUGAAGAAGAGGAGGAAGAGGAAGGUGACGAAGAAGAGGAAGUAGAAGAAGUAGAAGAAGAAAACAAUGAAUUUGAAGAAGAAGAAUUUGAUGAUAUUAUAUCUGAAAAUGAUCAAGAUAAUAAUGAUGAAAACAAAAAUCAUAGCAUAAAUAAUACUUCAUCAAAACCUAAAACUAGACCAUCAAUUAGACAAAAUUUACCAAAUUUGAAAGAAAAAUUUGAUUUGAAUAAUCUUUCAUCUUUUAGAAAUAAUCAAACAUCAUCAACAUCACAACCACAACCAUCAAACAUCACGAAAAAAUCAAAACAAAGUACUUUAGAACCAAUUUUCAUGAAGAUUGGAGAUAAAGAAAUUAUUGAAAAUGGAUAUAUUGAUAAAAAAGGUACUCUGUCUUUUGAAAAAUGUCAUUGUGGAUCUGGUCAUUCAAAAUCUGAACAUCCUGAUGAGGAGCAAGAGGGCGAGGAUCAUGAAGAAGAGGAUGGAGUAGAACAUAUUGAUCAAGAUCAUGAAGAGAAUGAAAGUGAAAUUUUAGAAAUUGAAAACUCUUCAAAAAAUAAGUUAUUCGUUCCAGAAGAUUAUGAUGAAAUUAAGGAACCAAAUAGUAUUUCUCAAGAAUUAAUUGAUGGAAAUACAGGAUUGGAUUCAAAUCAUAGUAUAGAUGUUGAUCAAGAUUUAAUAAUUUCUGAUCCAAGUACUAUUAAAUCAGAGUUUAAUAAUAGAUUUUUAAACUCUAAUGAUAGACAAAAAAAUGCAUCAAGAAAUUAUGAACUUUUGGUUGAUAGUAUCGUUAACCCACCUAAAAUUAUAAAUGAAGAUGAAGAACAAAAUCGUUUAAAUACAUUGAAAAAUUUAUCAAUUGAUAAUAUUGAUGAUCAAGAAGAAUCAGAAAAUAAAUUAACUUUAACAGUUAGUAAAAAAGAUUUUUUAGAAAUGAAAAUUAUUGGACAAUUUAAUUUAGGUUUUAUUCUUGUUAUUAGACAAAAUGAUCUAAAACAAGAUCUUUUCAUUGUGGAUCAACAUGCAUCUGAUGAAAAAUUUAAUUUUGAAACUUUACAAAAAAUUACAAUAUUUGAUAGUCAACCAUUAGUUGUACCUAAAAAAAUUGAAUUAAAUGCAUUAGAUGAAUUAACUAUAAUUGAAAAUCAACAAGUUUUUGUUAAAAAUGGAUUUAAAUUCGAAAUUGAUGAAGAUGGUGAACCUGGUUCUCGUAUAAAAUUAAUUUCUUUACCAUUAUCUAAAAAAACAGUUUUCGAUGAAAAUGAUUUUAAUGAAUUAAUUCAUCUUAUUAAAGAAAAUCAAGGUAAUACUGAUUCAAUUAGAUGUUCUAAAAUUAGAUCAAUGUUUGCAAUGAGAGCUUGUCGUAAAAGUAUAAUGGUUGGUAAAAGUUUAAACACUAAAACAAUGACAAAAGUUAUUAGAAAUUUAGGUCAAUUAGAUAAACCAUGGGUAAGUAAUCAACAAAAAAGAAAAUCAUUUGAAAGUUUUAAAUACUAA